CGUGGGAGAGUCCUUGGGCUAUAUAAAUAUGAAGGCCACCUCGUCUCCCCCCUCUCCAACCCUACCCCCGUACUCUACCUCACGAAAGCUGCCCCGGUACGCCCCGCAACCAUAAACGCGACGCCCAGAGAAGAUCUAGCAGCGGCCGCGCGCGCUGUGGAUCAUAAGCAAUCUUCCAUGGAGCCGCCGCCUUCUCCGCUGGGCACCGGCGCCGGCGCUGUCUGCUGCAUGUGCGGCGAUCGCGGCCUGCCGCACGAGCUGCUCCGCUGCAAGCUCUGCCGCGUCCGCCUGCAGCACAGAUACUGCAGCGAUCUGUACCCGAGGGCCACGGCGUAUAGGAGGUGCAACUGGUGCCUGAGGGAGCCCGCAGAAGCCCACGCCCAACCCCACGCUCACCCGGUGGCUAGCAAGAAGGCGGACAAACGGAAGAUGGUGGCAUCAACGGAGACGUCCACCUCCGACGAGGAGGAGCGGCGGCAGCACGAGGCCGGAUGCGCCACUGCUACGAGGUCCAGGAGAUCGGCUGCGGAGGUUGGUAAGCCGGUCAAGAAGCCCAAGGUCGACGAGAGGCCACCGCUGCCCCCGUCGCCGGGCACGGCAGCGAAGGGGAACAGCGGCGACAAGAAGCCCAAGGUCGACGAGACGCCAGCGCUGCCUCCGUCGCCGCGCACGGCAGCGAAAGGGAACAGCGGUGACAAGAAGCCCAAGGUCGAUGAGAGGCCGGCGCUGCCUCCGUCGCCGGGCGCGGCAGCGAAGGGGAACAGCGGUGACAAGAAGCCCAAGGUCGACAAGAGGCCAGCGCUGCCUCCGUCGCCGGGCACGGCGGCGAAGGGGAACAACGGCGACAAGAAGCCUAAGGUCGACGAGUGGACGGCGCUGCCCCCGUCCCCGGGCACGGCGGCGAAGGGGAGCAGCGGCGACAAGAAGCCGAUGCAAGCGGGGAAGUUGGCGCGGCCGGGUAGGGUGAAGGUGAGGAGGUACAAGCUCCUGGCAGAGGUGAUUAGCUGCUAGCCAGGAUCACGGAAUCAAAAGGGGAAGUAGCUGGCAACUUAGCCAAAUAGCUAGCCAACAUCGACAUUGGUGAUUUGGUGUCGAUGUAUGUACAUAUCGUUUGCCCGUCGUGUACGGGUUUCCCCUCUCUUUUUUGGGAGAGAGUCGACUACCGUGGUAGCGCUGUACAGAUCUUAAACCGUCAGUUUUAGUAUAUACCAGUUGACGUGCAUAGAGGGGGCGGUUUGACUUUAUGUCUGGGCCGCGAUGAGCUGGUUGCUCCGUGCGGUGGUAUGUUGGGGCGAUGGCCUCCCUCAAGAGAUGAGUCAGUGCAACGGCCAUGGUCUGCGAACGGUUACACUUCGCAACUUAGGUUGUAGGUGGUUAGGCCGUGCAGCAUUGUAACUUGAGAGUGAGUGGUGGUAUGUCGGGGUGGUGGCCCUCGAAGGUUAGGUCAGUAAGCCGGUCAAGGAGCCCAAGGUCGACGAGAAGCCAGCGCUGCCACUGUCGCUGGGGAUGGUAGCGAAGGGGAACAACAACGAUGAGAAGCCGAUGCAGGCGAGAAAGUUGGCGCGGCUGGGUAGGGUCAAGGUGAGGAGGUGCAAACUCCUGGCAGGUGUGAGAAUAAAAGGGUAAGCAGCUAGCCACCAUCGACAGAUGUCGAUAAAUAUAUACAUCGUUUACUCGUCAUAUACAUGUUUUUCCUCCUUUUUGUUUUUUGAGAGAGUUCACUAGGUGCUAGUGAUGUACAAGUCUAGGAGUUUCGAGUAAAUUAAGUCAUUUUUUACUUUUAUACACCAUGGGUUCGUG